UUUUUUUUUCUUUGUUUCCCCAUUGUCUAGUUUGGUGGCUGCCUUCCUCACUUUUUUUUCUUCCCUAAGGGAGAAAAAUCUUAUCGAAAGCUGUGAAAACCCUAAAUCUCCCCAAUUCAGUUUGGGCUCUGAUGCAGUCUCCGAUCCCUUUGGUUUGUGUUUAAUUUGUGAAAAUUUAGGUUUAUCUCUCCCUUCUUGUUUGUGUCUGGGAUUCAAGCCAUGGAUGUGGAAGCUCGUUGUAAGGAUAAGCUAUUACAUUUUCGGAUUAAAGAACUCAAGGAUGUGCUCACUCAGCUCGGACUUUCGAAACAGGGAAAGAAGCAGGAACUUGUGGAGCGGAUCUUGACCGUUCUUUCUGAUGGAAAAGCUGCGAGGUUGUGGUCUAAAAGGAACACAGUGCCCAAGGAGGAAGUUGCAAGACUAGUGGAUGAUACUUAUAGGAAAAUCAAAGUGUCUGGGGCAAGUGAUUUAGCAUCGAAAGGACAAGUUAGUUCAGAUACCAGUAAUCUGAAAGUCAAGGGGGAGCCUGAAGCUUCCUUUCGACCAGAGAUGAAAGUUCGAUGUGUUUGUGGAGGUUCACUGGAGACUGAAUCAAUGAUACAGUGUGAUGAUCCAAGAUGCCAUGUUUGGCAGCAUGUUGGCUGUGUUAUUCUCCCGGAAAAGCCUAUGGAUGGAAAUCCACCACUUCCUGAAUCAUUUUAUUGUGAAGUCUGCCGACUCACUCGAGCUGACCCGUUUUGGGUUACAGUGGCACAUCCACUUUAUCCAGUGAGGUUGGGUUCAACGGCCAUCCCAACCGAUGGUACAAGCACAAUGCAGAGUGCUGAGAGAACAUUUCAAAUCACAAGGGCAGACAAAGACUUAUUGGCCAAACAAGACUACGAUGUUCAGGCUUGGUGUAUGCUUUUGAAUGACAAAGUUCUUUUUAGGAUGCAGUGGCCUCAGCAUGCUGAUCUACAGAUCAAUGGUAUGCCUAUACGUGCAAUUUACCGACCUGGGUCACAGCUUUUGGGAGCCAACGGCCGGGACGAUGGACCUAUUAUCAAACCUUAUGUGAAAGAUGGAAUUAACAGAAUAUCCUUGAGUGGAGGUGACAGUCGAAUCUUUUGUUUCGGAGUUAGACUUGUGAAGCGUAGGACUCUACAACAGGUUCUCAAUUUAAUUCCAGAAGAGACGAAAGGGGAGACAUUUGAAGAUGCGCUUGCACGUGUUCGACGAUGCAUUGGAGGUGGAGGUGGAGAUGAUAAUGCCGACAGUGAUAGUGACAUUGAAGUUGUUGCUGAUUUCUUCGGUGUCAAUCUCCGGUGUCCUAUGAGCGGUUCUAGGAUAAAAGUUGCAGGGAGAUUUUUACCCUGUGUGCACAUGGGCGGUUUUGACCUUGAGGUGUUUGUGGAGUUGAAUCAACGUUCUAGAAAGUGGCAGUGCCCUAUUUGUCUGAAGAACUACUCAGUGGAGCAUGUAAUCGUGGAUCCUUAUUUUAACCGUAUCACAUCAAAGAUGAUGCAUUGUGAUGAAGAGGUGACUGAAAUUGAAGUGAAACCUGACGGCUCUUGGCGUGUUAAAUCCAAAAAAGAGAGUGAGCGUAGGGAACUGGGGGAACUCUCACAGUGGCACGCGCCCGAUGGUAGUCUUUGCCCCUCUGCUGAUGAGAUUAAACGGAAGAUGGAAAUGAUGAUCCCGGUUAAACAAGAAGGUUUCUCAGAUGGUGGCCCAACCCCUCUGAAACUUGGCAUAAGGAAGAACCGCAAUGGUGUUUGGGAAGUUAGCAAGCCUAAUAAUACAAAUGGAAUGUCUUCAAGUAAUAGGCAAGAGAAGAAUAUUAUACCAAUGAGUAGUAGUGCUACUGGAAGUGGUAGGGAUGGUGAUGACACAAGCGUCAACCAGGGUGCUAUUGGAGGAACCUUUGACUUUGGAACCAACGGCAUUGAACUUGAUUCCAUCUCGAUGAAUGUCGAUUCAGGUUACAACUUUCCUGAUGGAAACCAAGGUGGGGAGGAUAGAAAUAAUGAAGUUAUUGUUCUGAGUGAUUCUGAUGAAGAUAAUGAUAUAGUAAUCACCCCUGGACCUGCAUACAGUGAUUCUCGAGCCAAUGAUGGGGUAAAUUUUCCGUUGAACCCUUCUGGAAUGAUCAACUCUUAUAACGAAGACCCGCACACCAUAGCUGGGGGAAGUUCACGCUUAGGUCUUUUCAAUGACGAUGAUGAAUUUGAUACGCCCCUUUGGUCAUUCCCAUCUGAAACUCCAGAAGCCUCUGGUUUCCAACUAUUUGCAUCUGAUGCUGAUGUUUCAGAAGGCUUGGUUGGUUUGCAUCAUCAAGGCUCACUGAACUGUGGUCCUGAGAUAAAUGGAGAUUACACAAUGGCUCCUGAGACAUCAAUGGCAUCUAUUCCUCCUGUAGCUCCGUGCUCGGAUGGAAGAUCUGAAGCUGUUGCAAAUGAUGGCUUAGUUGACAAUCCUCUUGCAUUUGGAAGAGACGACCCCUCGCUUCAGAUAUUUUUGCCGACGAAACCAGAUGGUUCAGCUCAGUCAGGUUUCCGAAACCAAGGUGACAUGUCGAAUGGUAUCCGGAGUGAUGACUGGAUCUCGCUUAGGCUAGGCGAUAGCGCCUGUGAGGAUCCCGGAGAGCCUGCUACUGCGAACGGGCUCAACUCAAGCCAGCAGAUGUCAACAAGGGAAGGUUCUUUGGAUGAUACGACAGAGAAUGAUUCGUUGCUUUUGGGUAUGAAUGAGAGUAGACAAGACAAGGCAAAGAGGCAAAGAUCAGAUAACCCAUUUUCAUUUCCUCGCCAGAAGCGUUCUGUAAGACCUCGGAUGUUCCUCUCCAUUGACUCGGAUUCUGAUGAGUGAUAUUUGUUCCUGCUUUGAUCUGUCUCGGGAUGGUUCGGUGUUCCUUUUGACUCUUAAAGCUAUGCACAGAACAAUCAACAGGAUCAUCAGACAGCAUACCGGAGUUAGCCAAGAUUUGAACCGGUAUUGAUUAUUAUUAAUAUCAUUGUUAUGCUUUUUUUACGAUGUUGUUGAGACUCUCUCUUCAGUAUCGGUUCAGAAUCUUGGCCCUUUGUGUCUGCAGGGGGUUGUAUUUUGCAAAGAAAAGCACAGGCUGAUUUAGUGUACUGAAAUAGGCAGAAAAGUGGGCACAGGUGGUUCCGAUGUAAUUUGUUUACUCGGAUGCCCAGGAGCCAUAGAAGUCAUGUAACAUCAUUGUAAAUUAUUGGCUCCAACUUCUAUUUAUUUAUUAUAAAAAAUUUCAGCUCUU